AUGUCUCAGGCUCUCAGAGAUUCCAACAGCUCUAAGUUCCAGGUCUCUGAGUUCAUCCUGAUGGGAUUCCCAGGCAUUCAUGACUGGCAGCACUGGCUAUCCAUCCCCUUGGCUCUGCUCUACCUCUUUGCUCUUGUUGCCAAUAUCCUUAUUCUCAUCACCAUCAACCAGGAGGCUACACUGAACCAGCCUAUGUAUCAUUUUCUAGGCAUCCUGGCUGUGGUGGAUAUGGGCUUGGCUACCACCAUUAUGCCUAAGAUUUUGGCCAUCUUGUGGUUCAAUGCUAAGGUCAUCAGUCUCCCUGAAUGUUUUUUUCAGAUGUAUGUCAUACAUUGUUUUGUGGGAAUGGAAUCAGGCAUCUUCCUCUGCAUGGCUAUUGACAGAUAUGUAGCUAUUUGCCGACCUCUACGAUAUCCAUCAACAAUUAUUGAAUCUUUUGUGGUCAAAGCAACUGUAUUCAUGGUACUCAGAAAUAGUCUGUUAACAAUCCCAGUGCCAGUGUUGGCUUCUCAGAGAUACUACUGCUCCCAGAAUCAAAUUGAGCAUUGUCUGUGCUCUAAUCUUGGGGUCACUAGAUUAUCUUGUGAUGACAGAACAAUCAGUAGCAUCUACCAGCUAUUUCUGGCUUGGACAUUCAUGGGCAGUGAUUUGGGUAUGAUUAUUUUAUCAUAUGCUUUGAUCCUUCACUCUGUGCUAAAAUUGAACUCAGCAGAAGCUGCAUCUAAGGCCCUGAGCACCUGUACUUCUCAUCUCAUUCUAAUUCUUUUCUUCUACACAGUUGUUGUUGUCAUUUCUAUCACUCAUAGUGCAAUAGUGACAGCUCCUGUCUUCCCAGUUCUACUUAAUGUGUUACACAAUGUCAUUCCUCCUGCCCUCAACCCCAUGGUCUAUGCACUUAAGACCAAGGACCUCAGGCAGGGCUUAGGCAAGGUACUUAGACUAGGCAUCAGGAACAACUAA